UUGUAACUCAAGAAAGAAAAGGAGAAAGAUGAAAACGUGGGUGGUGGUCGCUUUCCUUGUUGCCUGCCUGCUCUCGCCACAGAGCACCAGAGCUGCACCUUUGAAUGGGGACACCAUUAGUGUCGGUGAUGGAGGCAGCCCUGUUAUAGAAGGCAAUGGCAUUGGGAACAACUUUCAACCUUCUUCAGGAGAGGAACACAACAGCAUCAGUAUUGGUGGUGGAGGCAGUCCUGUAAUAGAAGGCAAUGGCAUUGGGAACAAUUUUGCAGCUGCUCCAAAUAAUGGUGACACCAUUAGUAUUGGUGAUGGAGGCAACCCUGUUAUAUCAGGCAAUGGCAUCGGGAACAAUUUUAAACCUGCUUCAGGGAAUGAUGACAACACCAUUAGUAUCGGUGGUGGAGGCAGCCCAACUAUAGAAGGCAAUGGCAUUGGGAACAAUUUUGCAGCUGCUCCAAACAGUGGAGACACUAUUAGUAUUGGUGGCGGGGGCAGCCCAGUUGUAGAAGGCAAUGGCAUUGGGAACAAUUUUAAACCAUCCUCAGGAGAUGACGACAACGUCAUUAGUGUUGGUGGUGGAGGUAGCCCUACUAUAGAAGGCAAUGGCAUUGGGAACAAUUUUGCAGUUGCUGGAGAAAAUGGAGACACCAUUAGCAUUGGCGAUGGCGGUAACCCUGAAAUAACAGGCAAUGGUAUCGGAAACAAUUUCCAGCCUGCCUCAGGAAAUAAUGACAACACCAUUAGUGUCGGUGACGGGGGCAGCCCUGUUAUCGGUGGCAAUGGCAUUGGCAACAACUUUGCGGUUGCGCCAGAGAGCACAGGACUAGUAUUAGCAUGA